AUGGCUGCAAAAAUUGCUGCUAGAUUUUUCUCGAGUGCAACUAAAAUCGCCUCUGUCUCUCAACCCGUCAACAGAAUCAUCACAGUGGAAUGGACCGAUGGAGUCAAGGGCAAGUUCCCGGUGAUAUGGCUGAGAGACUGUUCACCGGAUCCAGCCACAUACUUGACAAGUCCGGCGAUGAUUGCAAGAAACUUGACAAUGAAAGAAUUCGAUGUGGAACAAAGUCCAAAAGCUGUCCGACUCGAGGAUAACCAGCUCGUGAUCGACUGGAAGGGAACGCAGUCCAGGUAUUGUGAAGCUACAUUGCUGACAUAUUUCAACUAUUCAGAUUCGUGGAAUCCUAGUCAUCCAUUAAAAAGGAAGAAUAGACGUUGUAGUAACUGGAAAACAUUUUAUGUAGGAGCAGCUGCAGAAAAACUCUAU